AUGGCAUUUUAUUUUCAAACGUUACAGAAAGACCUAAUCAACGACGUUGACAUUGCAUUGCAGUCAAAUCCUUUACCGUCUCCUAUAGUAAAUGCACCUGUGUUUGGCCGAGAUACACAAUUUUCGCCUCAUUUGGCAAUUGUUAUGACAGACUAUGGGUUCGAUGUUGAACAGGUUUGUCUUCCUUGGCGCUAUUUUACUGAUCGUGGAUUUAUGGUUGAAUUUGUGUUUCCAAAGCCAAUUGAUCCCCCAAGAGUAGCUAAACCGGAUCCAUCUUACACGACCGGUUGGAAAGGAACACUCAUGGGACCUUCUAAAGAUACUAUGGAUAUAUACAGCAUACUAUGUACACUGGACGAAUUCAUUCAACCAAAAUUUUAUAAAGACGAUAAUUUCUCUUUCCUUGACUUUGACGUCGUGCUUAUUACCGGAGGUAGAAAUGAACCCAUGCGCCAGAUGCUUAUGGAUCCCUUAUUACACUCAAAAUUGAAACCGUAUCUAACACUCUGUAAACGAAUAGAUCGUCAAAAAGAUGGACCAAACGUUUCCAUGUCAAAAAUCUUGGGGACUAUUGCCCAAGGUGCUUUACCUAUUUAUAUAAAUAAUCCUGGCACGACACUGCACGCAACGACGAUCCCAGUAUGGAUGGAGAGAGCCAACUCCUGGCUUUCUCCUCCUCCGAAUAAUUCCUCUUAUUCUUACGCAGCAUCCUUAAUGCCUACUGAUAAUUACUCCGCUGGACCUAAUUAUAGAGCUGUCUUCACAAUUGAGGAUGAACAUAAUUACUAUAUAUCUGGAAGAUGCAACAUAGACAUACUUCCUUUAAGCAUUGGACUCUAUGAUCUAUAUAGACGAAUGCUUCAAGAUCGAAAGUCUGCCAUGCGCUCACAGAGGAAUAAUUCAACCAGCUCCAACCACCUCCCUCAGUAA